UUCCUUCGGCGUUCAUCUGAUCUGCUUUGUCGAUGCGACGUGUUCGACUGCCUCGGUCUUUGUAGGAUCGAUCAAAAUGGCCGCAGCUAAUAUUACUUCGAUGUUUCAGUACUGGAAAAACUUCAAUCUACAAGAAUUACAGAAAGAGCUUGAUUCUACCGCCACUGAAUUAGCCAACAGGCAAGAUGAGAGUGAUUCCUCACGCAAGCGUCUUGUGGAACAGAGCAGAGAAUUCAAGAAGAACACUUCAGAAGAGGUCCGCAAGUCUGUAGCACAGUUACUAAAGAGUUUUCAAGGUGAGGUCGAUGCACUUUCAAAAAGGAGUAAAGCGGCAGAGGGCGCUUUUCUUUCAGUUUACAAGAAGCUUAUAGAUGUUCCAGAUCCAGUAACAGUGUUAGAACAAACCCUAGCUUACCAAAAGAAAUUACAAAAGGCACAGGAUCUUGAAAUAGAAAAUCAGAAACUUAGGGAGACAUUAGAAGAGUACAAUCACGAGUUUGCAGAGGUGAAAAAUCAAGAGGUAACAAUUAAGAAUCUGAAGGAGAAACUAAAAGAAUAUGAAGGCAAAAUUGAGGCUACGGCCCAGGCAAGAGCUAAAGAGAAGGAAAAGGAACUCCAGCGAGAAUUCGCUGACAAGGAGAGACAACUUCAGGAGACCCAGAUGACUGUGGCAGUAAAAUUAGGUGAAGCAGAGGUCAAAGUUUCCACACUGCAAGCAGCACUUGAUAAUGCUCUCUCAGAACUUUUCGACGUCAAGUCCAAGUUUGAUGAAAAAACGGCUGCAAAGUCAGACGAGAUGGAAAUAGUGAUGACGGAUUUAGAACGUUCAAACCAGAAAGUUGCUGAAACAGAGAAGGAGAUUGAGUCGUUGAAGAGACAACUAAUGUCAGCCAAUCAGUCACUUCAGCUUGCUGAUCAAAUGCAGAAAGCCCCAAAUGUGGAACAAGCCAUUGAUGUGUUGACAAGAUCUAGUCUUGAGAUUGAGUUAGCAGCUAAGGAGAAAGAAAUAUCUCAAUUAGUAGAGGAUGUACAAAGGCUACAGGCAACCAAUGCUAAGCUGCGUGACACUAGUUCUAGUCAGCUUUCAAAAUUGGAGGAACAACUCAGCGCGAGAGAUACAGCUUUCCGCAAACUGGAGGAAAAACUACAGUCCCAGAACGAUUAUGAUGAAACAAAGCGUGAACUUAAUGUCAUUAAAGCAACCGAGUUCAACUCGUCGAACGGCGUAGACCAAGAAGGCACAUCCAACAAAACUUUAGAAAUGCUUCUUCUCGAGAAAAACCGUGCCCUCCAGUCAGAAAACACUACCUUAAAAGUUGCCAACCAAGAAAUUAACGGAAAUGGGGGGUUUGCACAUGCCCAAGCAUUUGCAUCCAUGGUCGGUCAUCAAGUGGCGGCAGCGUACAACCAGAAGGGAAUGACCUCACCGCAGAACUCGCAAAUCAUCCAACCCAUUAUAGUGAUUCCACCGACGUUCAAUGCACUUACCCCAACAACGCAAGCAUCACACCACUUCCAUCCAGCAUUGAACCCACAGCGCCCUCUACUACCUAACAAUAUCCCAGCUGUCAGGCCUAUGUUUAAGAGCUCCCCCAACAGUAGAGACAGUAGCUCGCAACGUAGCACGCCGAAUGAAUCUCAGGCCAGUCCAUCAAGCACCAUUGCACUGAACCAUGACCCAAUUGAUACGAUAGAAAUUGCCCGCAAGGUGAAAGACUUUUUGUUACGUAACGGAAUCGGGCAGCGGGUGUUUGGUGAAUAUUUUCUCGGACUUAGCCAAGGCUCCGUAAGCGACAUUUUAUCACGGCCUAAGCCUUGGGAUAAAUUGACUUUGAAGGGUAGAGAACCCUAUAUCAAAAUGCUUCAUUUCCUGACUGAUCCACAAGGAAAAACGAAACUCAAGAUGAUAAAUGCCCAUCGGAAAGGAAGAGAAGCAUCGCCACAGUAUUUGCCACCAACUCAAUUGCCAACGUAUAGUAGCGGUUCCACAGAAGAAGCUGUUAGCAAUAUUUUAGCAUUAGCCAGGCAAGAAAUUGAUGCACAAAAAUCGCAUGAAAUGUCAAUAAAAAGCGAAGUAGCAAACGGCGCCCACUGUUCUCAAGCAAGUGUACGUGCACGUGAAGCUCUUCUUCAGUGUGCAGAGUUAGCCCACCAACAAAUCACGGAGACCCCAGUCAGGUCUCAAAGCAAUGAUCCUAGCACGAGUCCACGGCACAGCAUCUCAGGGGACUGCGAAGGGGAGAGCAGCUCUGGUGAUGAUAGUCGGGGGUUGAUGCGAGUGUGGCGCAGGCACAUGCUCCAGCCUCUUACUACAGAACAGUUCAGGCAGAGUCAGAACCUUAACACCGUUGACCUGUGUCAGGAGGUGAAAGAUAUAUUGUUUAAGAGCGGUAUUUCCCAGAAAGUCUUCGGUGAACUUGUUUUAGGUCUUUCUCAAGGAAGCGUCAGUGAUCUUCUAAGUAGGCCUAAAGAGUGGGGGCGCUUGACACCCAGAGGUCGUGAACCAUAUAUUAGGAUGAAGCUGUGGUUAGCCGAAGAAAACAACAUUCAGAAAUUAAAGGAGGAUUCAGCCAAGACUGGUAUAGAUGGUAACAUGGAUGAGGAAUCUCAAAUAUCGUCACCAACACACUGCGGUACACUACGCCAACAAACCCCACCGAUGCCAGUCACUCCACCUUUAAACCCUCCACCAUCAGACUCCCCUAUAGACCUACAAACAAACCAGAGCCAACCCUCAACACCGAACCCACAAACAGAAUCGGAGCUAUAUGACAUGUUUUCCCCUGAACCGCUGCCCGACCUUCCACCUGUACGCGACAAAGCUGCAACCAUCGAGUACUUGGAUACUUACGAACUCGCACGGCAGGUGAAAACGGUUCUGGGCAUGCAUAAUGUAGGCCAGAGGGCAUUCGGUGAAGCUGUGUUAGGCCUGACUCAAGGUUCUGUCAGUGAUUUACUGUCCAAACCCAAGAUGUGGUUGAAGCUGAGUAUGAAAGGGCGUGAACCAUACAUACGUAUGCACAUGUGGUUAAACGAUCCCAAUGGAACUGAAAUGGUGAAAAACUACAAACCAAAACGCAGACCAAAGCGAAUGCUGAUGAUGCCAAAUAGUAAUAGUCCAUUGUCAAAAAGACCGCGUGUGCUCUUAUCUCCCGAGGAGAAAGCAACACUCUUAGAAGUUUACCUCCAAGAUCCAUAUCCGUCCAGUGAAGCAAUGAAUCGCAUUGCACAGUCAACCAAUCUCUCUGUUUCAACCGUAACAAAUUGGUUUCACAACCAUCGUUCCAGAUUAAAGCGAGGUUCUGCAAUAGAAGAUGCCGAGGUUGGGUCGUACAUGGAUGCAUUCGUGCGAUCGGGAGGGUACUUAGAUGGAUCAACCUCAAGGAACGGUUCCAUAGCAGAUGAUGAAGUGUCAAUUCCAGAUUCCCCCUUACCAACUAUGGUCGGCAAGAACCAACAUAAUCAACUUGUUGUUUAUCCAAUGGACAGUAACGAAAAAGCCCUCGCGGUUGACAACAUGAAUAGUAGACAUCAGACUUUGGGCACAACGUCAAACUCUGCUCAGGAUAUUGAUGAUGAACCGAAAGAUUUUUCUAUGAGUACGAUUGAGAAACUGAAAAUAAAGCAGGAGAAAGCUGACAACAGCGCAACAUCAGCAACAGAAUCGACAACAAAACCAACAGAUAUAGACACUCAAGAGAAAGAGGAACUGGUGCAGGAUGAGUGGGAGUUCUAAUGUGUUUUUUUAUACAUCACUUUGUACAAGAAAAUGCUGCAAAUGAAAGAAGAUGAAAUUACGAUGAUGUGUGCUUCGUUUACUGCAUUUUCCCCUAUCAGCUAUCACCAUACGCAGUAUUAUGUGGUUCGAAAUACUUUCUUGAAUUCUUUUCGAUUCCUGAAAAAAAAAUCUACUCUUUUGUGUUCAAUAUUUGAGGAGAGUUAUGACAAAAUGGCUAAGUUGAAGCAAAAAUUGGAAUUCAAGUUAUUGGUAUUUUCAGACUAUGUAGGCCUACUGUAAUCUUUAAAAUGAGGGGCAAUUCACUAAAAUUGAAUUUUUCAAGCCUUGGUUAUUGUUGAGGAGCAGAAGUAACAGCCAAAGAUGGUUUUCAGUGAAUCACCUUCCAAAGUUAUUCAAGCAGGCUUUUUGUUAAUGGAAUAUAAUACCAAAAGGAUGUGGACUAAUAACCUUUUGCCUUUUUUGUCCAUUUCCAAAAAUAUAAUUUUGGGACGCAUUUUAUUAGAUAUUAAAUUGUAAUUAUAAAUUAUGAAAACAAAAAUUGAUUUCUAAGCCAUACUCAUAGCUCAUUUACUCGAUGUUGGUAUGUGCAACAACUUUAGCCAUUUUGCCAUGACGUGCCCCAUUUUAAAUCUACCGAUGAUAGGGCUAUAAUGACAAACAUUGAAUGAUUGGUCGAUAUAACUUACAAUGAAUUAGAUUUGAAUAACAGCAUUUUGCUUAUUUAUACUUUUGCUAUUUAGUAUGAUCAUCAUUCUUUUUUUUUGGUCAUCUGUUAUUUUAGUGGUUUUUAUUAUAGUUAUAAUCAUUAUGAUUGUUCAGUAAUACACAGUAAUACAAGUGGAUUGUAAAAGUGUGAAAAACCACUGUAGAACACUACAUCUGGUGCUAAUUAAAAGUUACAUAACUUUACAAUGAACAUUUUAUUUAAGGUAGAUGAAAACUUUUUUUGUAUUAUUGUUUUGUUAUUAAAUCAUUGUAUGAUAUAUGUUAUGUCAUACAACAUUUUAAAAAUAUUAGUUACAUAUACUAGUAAUUCUGUGCUUCAUGUAUAGUAACUUAAAGUAAUGGUUAUCAAUGAAAUCAAGCCUUUUUAAAACACAUUUACUUUUAUAUCAAGUUUUAUUAUUUUUAUUAUUAUUAUUAUUCUAUUAUGAAUAUUAUUAUUUUCAUAAAAUUCAUUGUUGUCAUCCUUUUUUAUGAGUUUACCUAAAUAAUCUUUUAAACUUCUCAAAGAAUAACUAAUAGUAUUAUCCUACAAUUACUUCAAAUAUCCUUGUGCUAAUUUUAAAUUGUGAAUUUAUACCCUUUGUAAAAAAAUAAAUUGUCUAUAGUAUUCUUUGUGUUAAGUUAAGGCGAACAUCCUUGAUAUUUAUUGGCUAAUUACCAACAAUGGUGCAAUCAAGUUGCAUAAACCGCAUAGCUUACUGUAGAUGUCCAACAGCAACACGGUUAUUUUUUUUAAAAAUUUUCUACAAAAUACCUUGUUUUAAUGGCAAACAAGCAAUGCCAAGAUUGUGAAGCUGGGAUUAAAAUACACUGCUUUUAACGAGUGGUUACCAAAGAUAAUAAAUAUAACUUGCGUUGAAAUUUGAACUAGGAUGUCUGGGUUGGGAAUAGGAAGGGGAUUUUAAAGAAAUGCAAAUUAAUCGUAAUAAUCAAUGAAUUCAAAUUUUUUGGCUGUUAUUUAAUUUAAUCUCUGUCCAGAUUGUCAAGUUUUCUUUGACAAAAAAACAGUUGUAUACAUGACAUGAUAUGCCUAUAUAUGGUCAUUAUGUUAUGAUGUCAUGACAUGAUAUGCCUAUAUAUGGUCAUGAUGUUAUAAUGUCAUGACAGUUGUAUACCAUAUAUAGACAUGAUAUGCCUAUAUAUGGUCAUGAUGACAUGACCAUAUUUAGACAUGUCACAUGGUUUUUGGUUUGUUUUUUUUGUAAAAAAAUAAGAGUUAAUAGUCUGCAGCUUAAGACUGGUGCUUUCCAAAAUGAUUGAAAAAAAAUAAUAAGGAUAACUUACAAGAUUUUAAUAAAUAUAAUGUAUACAGAGGGGUCAUGCACUAUUGUAAGCAUUUAAAAGAUUGUUACUGUAAUAUUGAGAGCCUUGAUCAUAAAGCUAUGGAAAUUUUUUCCUCCCACUCUGGUUCAAGAUUAUCCAGAUCACCUUGUAGUGUCCCCCUUCAAAGUUUAAAUGAUCAAUAUUUGGAGACUUGUUUUUGUCUUUUGUAGGUUCACUUAUUUAUCUAAUAUUCUUUCAUUCCUUAUUCAAGGACCACAUUGUAUAAAGAGUAGUUACAUUUCUGUUUUCAUUGUCAAAUUAUUUUUAAAUGUUUAUUUUAUAACUGUUUCUGCUUUUAUGCUCGUAAAAGAAAUAUUUAUGAUUAUGUUA